GCAUAUUUAAACACAACAGUGAGGUUACUCGCCUCCAAGUGUAUACUAUAUACUUGCUUGACCGUGUCAGGGGGAUUAGGCUUUUCUGGGACUGUACACCACACUCCAUCCAGAGGUCUUGUACCGAUAAAGGGCACCCCGACAAACACGGGUAGGUAACAUCUAAUACUGCGAUCAUGGAGAAACGCCCGGCAGACGGCUACGGCGUCACCGAAAUGGUCUCCAAGCGCAAGAAGACGUACAAAGCUGCCACACCCGACUGGGACGCGCCCAUGAGCUUCAUAGCCGUCAAGAAGGACUGCAAGUACUGCACGGGCAUAGUGGGCUGUGUGGUGUGCUGUGUGAAGCCCAUGUUUGUGCUGCCCGGACGACAGAUCGACAUCUCACAGUUCUGCCCUUCACCGACCAUGGGCUUGAGGGAACUGCUAACGCAUCUGCGCGAUCUACACGACGACCACAUUAUGCACGUCACCCACCCGCACCAGUUCGAAACAUUGCCAGAUAAGAAGAAGUUACUGUACAUGUGUCUCAACACCAUCCCCCACUUCUUCGUGGCCGAGAAGAAGCAGAAAAAGGGCUGUCCUCAAUGUCUGCUAGAAAGGACCGGUGACCCCAAAGAGUUCCCCUUGACUGCCGUGCCGUCGCAAGUGAGCCUGACCAUGCCACCCAACGCCAAUGCCACACCCAGCCCGAACACCAUGGUGUCCUUGUAUGCCAAUCAGUACGACCAGGCAGCAGAUCCCUACAGGACUCAGCUCAACUAUACCAAUACGUACUCGGCAUCCUUACCCGGAGUACCCUCUCCCAGUACAAACCCGUCCGCGUACCAAACAGGCGAUCGACUCACCGCACCACUACCCGGGUCUACCAUGGGAAUAGUGAAUUCCGGGUCCAGCACCAACGCCCUGGGCCCUACUGCGACGGGUGCCAAGGGCCAUGGUCUUGCCGAUUUUGUCACAGUGAUGAAAGGCUGUCGCAAGUGUAACAAUGAAGGGUGUGCAUCCUGUGCUAUCCAGCCCAUGUAUGACCUCCCCGGCCGGUUGGUUGACCCAGACGAGUUCCUACCCCCCACCCUCAGCACCAGAAAGGACUUUGUGUCCCAUAUUGAGGGCCUGAAGCAUCCCGGGGUGGUGCGCAUACGCUCCGUGAGUCACUACGAGCAGCUCUAUGCCAAGCGCAAGCUGGUCUAUGGGUGCAUCCGCAAUGUGGACCACAUGUUCAUCGCCGAACGUAAACAGAAACUGGGGUGCCGCCAAUGCAGACAUCUGAAUGACACACCCAACAACGAUAUGGACAACAACCAAAUGGCCUCGGAGCACAAACCCACGCGCGACCUCAACUACAUCAGCGUCAAGAAACCCUGCCGACACUGUGAGGACGAAUGUGAUAGGUGCGUUGUGCAGCCCAUGUUUGAACUGGCGGGGCGCAAUCUGUCCCAUGUGCCCACUAUCCCUGCGCACGUCACCACUAAGGCUGCCGCUGUGGCCUACCUGGACAGUCUAGAGAUGGCCGGCGAGAAGUGCAAGCGCAUACGCACCGUGGAGCAAUUCGAGAAGCUCUCCGAGAAACGCAAGGUGGUGUACGGGUGUACGGCCGAUCUCAAGCACUUCUUCAUAGCCGAGCGCAAGCAGAAGAAAGGCUGCACCCAGUGUACGAUGAACCGAGAAAUCGCCGAUCUCAAGCAACGCUCCAAGAACUCCAGCCAAGGCCUGGGCACUGCCGAGCCGCUGAUGAUAACCAGUGGCAGUACCUCACAGAUACAUCUGGUCAUCCAACCCGGGUACUGCACCGUGGCGUGCGGCUGCCGUUUCUGUGGGGUCAAUGGCUGCGCUAACUGCACUGUGCAGCCCAUGUACCUGCUGCCCGGCCGAAACGCGGACGAGGACAUGUUCGCCCCACCCAACCUACACCGAGACGAGGUGGUGCGUAAUCUGGAGAGGCUUAUCAUGGAGAGUACCAAUGGCGUGGUGCGUAUAGCCAACGCCGAUCAGUUCAAGGCACUCCCCGCCAAACGCAAGGUGUUAUUCGGCUGCACCACAGACAUCUCGCACGUGUUCAUUGCCGAGCGCAAGCAACGCAGCGGUUGUACCAAGUGUAAGGCCCUGGGGCUCAAGGCAAAGCCGCAGGUGGAGCUGCUGCCCGGAGACGGGAGCACCAUGCUACCUACCAUGGACGAGCUCGGACCAACCGAUGCGCCGAGUGUCGGCACGGGCAUGCUGCCCGCGCAGAUUCCCUUAUAUGGGCAUCCGCAGCCUGCCUCAUAUGGGCAGCUGCGGGGGGCGGCCGUCCGCCCGCGUGUUGCCGAUGGAAUGGACGGUGUACGUCGCUGUGUGGCGGCGCUGUUGGGGUCACGUGACACGGCGAGUGCGAGUGGGUUGCUACUGAAUGACUAUUCACUGACGGAGCUGCACACCGUGUUUAAUAUGUACUCGGCUGCACAUCCACGCUCCCGUACGUUCAAUGAGGUCCUACUCAAAACCAUUCGCACAUACUCGUAUGAAGAGCUGCGUGUGUUUGUCGGUUGGGACCCCCCGCCCACCGUGAUCGAGCAAGUGCUGCGUGCCGAAAAGGAGAAGCGAGUUGAGAGGGAGAAGGCCGCGAAGGCAGGCGCAGCACCCAAGGCAAGCGAUGUGGAGACCAAUGCCAGGGCGGGUGCGAAUGAACCGGCUGGCGAUGUGACGGAGCUCGGAGAUGUGGAUAAAAAUAAACGCGUUCUGGUUGGACGCGUGGGCACGUUUGAGAUCUUUGGGGUGCCUGCGGAGAAGGACAUCUUCGACGCGGUGAUCAAGGCGCUGGAGAUGUAUCACAACGCUACUGCGACGCCCUGGUUUGACAAGCGGUACGCGGACUUCUUCGUGCGCUGUGGCCUGCAGCGCCUGUGGGCACAGGUGGUGGCGGGCUCCAAGAUCAAGAAACCCGCAUCCAAGCCUCCAGCUACCUUGGCCGGACUUACAGAACCCUCCGAGAUCAGUUUGAACACCGAUAUCAAUGACGCUGCGGUGGGUGAGUCGGAUCAGAGUGCGUUUGUGCCAAACGCAACUGCGGAUACCGCACACAGCAGUAAUCUAAGCCUGAAUAUGGAUAUGGAGGACGUGAGUGUGAGCGCCAAUCAGAUUGUAGGGAACACCGAUGAUGCGAACCCGGCGACCAAUGAGACCGCCGGUGAUGAGAUCGAGGACGCCAACGGAUUGGCGCACCUCAUCAUCAAACAGUUCGGUACUCUGAAGCAACACAACAACCAGCUGACCUUUGAGUUCAACGCGCAGUAUAGCGCGGCGCUCAACUCGCGCAGCAAUGUACCGUCUCGGUACAACUACCACACCAGACGCCCACAAGACACGGACAAGGGCAAACCAGACGCACAGGCACAGGCCAACCCCAACGACCCCGAUACAGGCGACGCCCUGAACGGCAACACCCUUCCGUCUAUUAACAUGUGUGUGGACGAGGAGGAUACGGACGAGAAGGUGUACACGCUACCCACUCUUGUGCAGUGCCUGUACGCCGAUGAGCUAUCGAAGCGGGUGGUGGAUGCCGGUGGACUCUGUCUGUGGCGCUCUGAGACGGAUUCCGGGACCGAAAGCGGGACGGGUGGUAGCCAGGACAACCCCGUAGACGUGAGCGGGGAGAUAGGCGCGGACAUACGCGCCCAAGAUGCGAAUGAUGUGAAUGCGGAUAAGAACACGGACGACAAGGCUGUGGAGAGCGGCGCUAGCAAAGUGCAGCAUGGCGAUGCGUGUAGUCCGCUUACAGCCCUGUUGGCCAUGCAUCAGACGCGUGCGUCUGUGUCGGUGGUGUUCUGUCCGGAUGCUACGGUUGGUGAAUGGGCCGAGUAUGCAGAACAAACGUUCCCGGCGUGGUUUGAAGUGAAGACUCCGUCGACCAUUGAGGAGCUCGCAUCUGUGAGCUUAGAUACGCGUAAGCAAGGCCUCAUACUCAUCCCAUACAAUAUCCUCGAGCACCUGGAGGCCCCAAAAGAAGGUCCAGGUCCAGGACAAGAGAACGACCGUGUAGGGCCGGCCGAUGCCGUAGGCGCACCCUCGUCAGCAUACGUGCCAGACUCAGGUGAUGAUGCGAUAAACCAGCAGCAGAGUAUGGAUAUCGGGAUGGGUACGGAUUCAGACGCGGCAGCCCACGGACGUAUUGCGGCGGCCGAGGCGCAGUCACAGGCGGAGAGUGCGCUCGCAUCGCUUCUGGGCAAGUUGGGUGAGCAACUGGACUUUGUGGUGCUUGAUAGGCUACCGUCUGUACCUGCCAAGCCGGAGCCCUUGAAGGUGACUGUGGCGAUAGAGGAACCCAUGUCCUUGUCCCUGCCCGAGGGUCCUGUGCCUAAUACGGAAGUGUCUAUAAAUAGCACAGACCUGGUCAUAGCUCCGGGCGCCGAGGCGGAGUACCACGUGUCUGCGGACGAUGCGUUGGGUGCGAGUGAGGGUAAGAAGGUGGACGAAGAUGUGCAGGACCCCCAGCACGAGCAUACCAUGCCUGCGGCCUCCGAAGCCGCCCCAGAAACCGUUGCACCCGUUGAAAACGGGAUACACCCAGGCGAGAGCGACGUGAACAUGGGGGGCAAUGCGCUGAAUAUCGUGGAAAACGGGAUGGAUAUUGGGGAAAACGGGAUGACGGCCGGUGAAGGUGAAAUGCAUGCGGGAGACAACGGAAUGAUGACGGGUGAAACCGGGAUGGCGUUCGAUACGAGGCACCUGGAUGUGGGGGUGGCGCCGUUCGCGGUGCUGCAGAACGGAGACGGCAGUAGCGGGGAGAGUGCGAUACACCCUCACGGUUUAGAUGUGCAAGGCACACCUACUGUAACUGUGGAGGGAGGUAUGGAGUCGGGCGAGGGCGGGACUGUCGGUCAGUACCCGCACACGCUGCCACACCCGAAUGAUACAGACCCCACGGGCAUCACCACGAGCCCCGAGAUAUACGUGAACAAGGCGGACUCGGAGAACGCGAACGGUGGUACUGUGGACCAACCCCAUGUGGAAGAAGCGCACAUGGAUGUCAGUGCGCAUGAAUACAACCACACCAGUAGCACAGACCAGACCGAUGCGGGCGAGGGCCCACUCGUGGGUCAGGCACAGGAGCAUUCGCAACCACCUGCACAGACAAUGGACAAGCCGGUAGAAGACACUCAAUCACAGCCACAGGACGCGCCGGUAGAAUCACUCCACCAACCACUCACCGCCCCACUCGAACACGACCCAGACCACACUCUGGCAACAUCACACGAACCACUCACCGCACCAACCGACACACAGCCGCAUGCGCCCCUUGACGCAGCCAAUGGCACUCAAGUCGAGCCUCAACCUGACACACAGGCAGAGCCUCCUCAGUCUCAGCCUCCGCUGACACUGAACUUGCCCACCCAGUUGAAGGUGGUUGAGCGACCCUCGUGCAGGCGUGCACUGAGUGUGUUUGUGGGGGGUGCCCGGGACGCGAAUGCACAGGUGCGGGUGCUGAGUAUGGGCGAAGUGCCGGCCAAGGUGGCGAGUGUUGCGGAUCUCAUUGCCAUGGUAACCAACACCUCGAACGAGAACGUUAUUGUCCCCACCGCGAGUUUACAGGCGGCUGGUGGGUCAUCAGCCGCUGCUGGAUCGGGCAAAGCCGCGGCGGCUAAUAGUAUUGGUACUUCUACAGAAGAGGGUGGUAUGGCACUGGAGGAGUGUUUGUCUUUGCACAGGCUGUUGGUCGAGAGGGGUUGGGGCUUCCCUCUGACGUUCGGAGAGAGUGCGGCGCACCGACAACUGCACAUACCAGAGCGACCCAAGACCGACUCCACCGCGGAGUUUCUGGCUGCAUUCAACGUUUGAUAUUGGAAAGCAGGUUUGAGACAUAUGGUGGGAGUUGGCCUUAGGCACCGUCCGUUGUAUCUCGUAUAUAUAUGUGAGUGGUUUGACAGGAACUCCCCAACUUUAUUCCGAAGAUUCCAUUACAUUUAGUUAGAUUGCUCCACCAUACUAUGCACCAUUAGGAAAUCAAUAUGAUAUGCUUCAACUUUAUAUUAGUAGCAUAUCCCCCUUAUACAAGUUAUAGAAAUGAACUACAGUUCAAAGUAUGCAAAUAUCAAAUGGUGCACAUGAAAAUAAACACUAUCCCC